CAAACACACACACUGAUAGUGAUGGAGGAAGUCUGUCUCUGUCCCUUUCUCUUCUCCACCUUUACCAGUUGGCAACUGGGGAAAGUACAGCUUACGCAUAAUUUUUGGUCCGAAUCGCUUUGUGGACUGGUUUUCUGAAUGCUGCUCUCUGCUGAACUUUGAGUGAGAAAGGCAUAUUUUAGAAAUGGAUGCUUCUGAAAAAGACAAGACACCUAUGUUAUCUGCCAUGCAUUUCAAAUCAGAUGAUCAAGAUGACUCAAGAUCGAGAAGUAGGAUCUUUUCAACUAGGAUGAGGAGUGCAUCAAUGUCCAUUCCUGCAAAUGUUUUGGAUUCCUCUGAGCAGGAGAACAAUCUUGUGGGUUUCACAGGUCCUCUGAAAAAUGGGAGGCAAGUUUCCUCUGUGCAGAUGAGCGGUCCACUAUAUAUUAGCCGUAAUCAUGAGGUCAUCUUUCAGCCACCCCAAAUUCCAUUAGAGCAAAACGCUAAUGAGCCCAAAAUAGACAGAUAUCCUUCUAUUGAUGGGAUGGAUAACAAUGACUGGCCAUUGGACAACUAUGAGGCCAAAAAUGAUCGUCUUCUGAAGUCUGGGCAACUUGGAAUGUGCAAUGAUCCAUAUUGUACAACAUGCCCAACAUAUUACAAUGUUAAGGGGCGCCAGAAGCAUUCAAGCACUUCAGAAAUAUUUGAUGCAAAGUUCCAUAAUAUGCUCUAUGGAGAUGCAAAAGGUUGUGCAAAGAGAAUGUGUUCCUUUUUGCAACCUUAUAUUCCAGGAGUCAUGAAUCCUCAUGCAAAAGUUGUUCAGCAAUGGAACAAGUUCUUCGUAAUUUCUUGUUUGUUUGCAGUAUUUCUGGACCCAUUAUUCUUCUUUCUUCUGUCUGUGCAGCAGGAUCACAAGUGCAUAGUAUUAAAUUGGCCCAUGACGACAACAAUUGUGGUCUUGAGGAGCAUGACUGACUUCAUUUACUUGAUUCAUAUCCUCCUUCAGUUCCGACUGGCUUAUGUUGCUCCUGAAUCUAGAGUGAUGGGAGCAGGAGAUUUAGUGGAUGACCCCAAAAAAAUUGCCCGGAAUUAUUUUUUUGGAUAUUUUAUCAUUGAUUUGUUUGUUGUCCUGCCCCUUCCUCAGAUCAUCAUAUUAUUGAUAUUACCAGAUUCUAUGGGAGCAACUGGUGCCAACUAUGCAAAAAAUCUUUUACGCGCAGCUAUUCUUAUUCAAUAUAUUCCCAGGCUGUACAGAUUCUUGCCUCUGCUAGCUGGUCAGUCUCCAACUGGCUUCAUAUUUGAGUCCGCAUGGGCAAAUUUUGUUAUGAAUCUUCUCACAUUUGUUUUGGCUAGUCAUGUGGUGGGCUCGUGCUGGUAUCUUUUUGGUCUACAGAGGGUGAACCAAUGCCUUCGAGAUGCCUGCCACGGCUCUAACAUCACAAGGUGUAUGGAAUUCAUUGACUGUGGACAUGGAAAUGAUUUUGGGGAGUUUGAGAAUGAUCCUACUUGGGACCAGUGGAAGAACAAUAACGAUGCAAUUGCUUGUUUCGGACAAACUGGUUUUGCCUAUGGGAUUUAUCAAAAUGCUGUUGACCUAACCACCCACCAAAAUGUAAUUACAAGAUAUGUCUACUCAUUAUUCUGGGGGUUCCAGCAAAUUAGUACACUGGCUGGAAAUCAAGUCCCAAGCUAUUUUGUGUGGGAAGUUCUUUUCACUAUGGCCAUCAUAGGGGUCGGCCUCCUGCUCUUUGCUCUCCUCAUUGGAAAUAUGCAGAAUUUUCUCCAGGCACUUGGACGUAGGAGGUUAGAAAUGUCUUUAAGGCGGCGUGACGUCGAGCAGUGGAUGAGCCAUCGUCGCUUGCCAGAAGAACUAAGAAGGCUAGUUCGAGAAGCAGAACGUUUUAAUUGGGCUGCAACUAGGGGCGUAAAUGAAGAAAUGCUGAUGGAGAAUUUACCAGAAGAUCUCCAAAGAGAUAUACGGCGUCAUCUCUUUAAAUUUGUUAAGAAAGUCAGAAUUUUCCAAUUAUUGGAUGAACCUAUUAUAGACGCUAUAUGUGAAAGGCUAAGAACAAAAACAUACAUCAAAGGAAGCAAAAUCCUUUGCAGAGGUGGUCUUGUCGAUAAAAUGGUUUUCAUAAUCCGGGGAAAAAUGGAGAGCAUUGGAGAAGAUCUGACCGUUCUUCCCUUGUCGGAAGGGGAUGUUUGCGGAGAAGAACUCCUCACUUGGUGCCUCGAGCAUUCUUCUGUAAAUAAAGAUGGAAGAAGAAUAAGGAUUCCAGGACACAGAUUGUUGAGCAACAGGCUCGUCAGAUGCUUAACUAAUGUAGAAGCGUUCGUCUUGCGAGCUGCUGAUCUUGAAGAAGUUACGAGUCUUUUUGCAAGAUUCUUGAGGAGCCCACGUGUUCAAGGUGCCAUAAGGUAUGAAUCACCUUACUGGCGAGGGCUUGCAGCCCGGCGAAUCCAAGUGGCAUGGAGAUACAGGAAGAAACGACUAAGCCGUGCAGACGACUCAAGCCCCUCGUGCAAUCUUUCUUCUAGGAGCUGACAGAUGAUCCUCUCAUACGCAUGAUUCUUUUUGUCUGCAAGAAAGCAUCAUCCUAUACGUCGUCCCCACUCUAAGACACCUUGUACAGUUUACCAACAUAUUCAACUGUACACAUAUAAGGAGACAUUUUCGAUCAUUGUUCGCUAACAUUGCCAAGGGACAAGUAUUCGACUAACACACCAGUAAGAAAAAUCCUCAACCAACCGCAGUGGAAGACAGGCGAUAACGAUGUAUAUGUUGUGUGGCAAUGUGAAUUUCAGAGAAACUGUUGUUUUCUUGUUAUUUAAAGUCUCAAUUAAUGAUGUUUAUAGAUCUCAGUGAUUGUCCGAAGAAUAGGUGAGGGUUGUAAUAGUUUGACAGAGGUUGGUAUGAAAGCUAAGGUUGCUGAUGCAUG